GCGUCUUUUCGCUCGCAAGUUUGCGAGACGAAAUCGUUGAAAUAAUUCGUGAUCUUUUGGGCGUUUUUAUGGCUGCCGUAUACCUCGGUUAAAUGUGCGAUUGAGCUCAAACAUGAGUGAUUAUUCUUCUAUGGCUACGCUUCAAAACAAUAGCCAAACGGCAAAGUUUGCUGCCGCGUUACAACGUGCAAAAUUGGUUGCUGCUAAGUUAGAGGGUGGUGGUAGCAAAAGGCCGCUGGAGGAAGGUUCAGAACCGAAUGCAAAAAAACUGGCGUCAGCGGAAGCCCAGUAUCAACAACAACAAGCGAUGAGUGCAACAGCAGCAGCGGCGGCGGCCGCCGUGGCAGCCGCGGCACGCAUCGGCGCAGGCAACCCCGCGCCGCCCCCACCAGGCGCUCCACCCGGAAUGCAGGACUCAGCCAUCAAUGAGUACAUCAGGGUACCUGACAAGAUGGUCGGACUCAUAAUAGGUCGCGGCGGCGAGCAAAUCACGCGUCUUCAAGCGGAGUCAGGCUGCAAGAUCCAGAUGGCGCCAGACUCUGGUGGUCAGCCGGACCGCCUCUGCACACUCACUGGCUCGAGGGAGGCAAUUAACAGGGCCAAGGACCUUGUGAAUCAAAUAGUGAACCACCGUGGGCGUGAGAAUGCGCCGCAGCACCAGGAGCUCCAAGGAGGCGGAGGCGGUGGUGGCGGCGGGGGCGGAGGCGGAGGCGGUGGUGGCGGUAUGCCGCCAAUGAUGCGCGGCGGUGGCGGGUUGGCCACUACGGAGGAGAUAAUGCUGCCUGGGCCGAAGGUGGGGUUGAUAAUCGGCAAGAACGGCAAGACGAUCAAGCAGCUGCAGGAGCAGUCAGGCGCCAAGAUGGUCGUCAUUCAAGAUGGCCCCAACACUGAAUAUGAAAAACCUCUCCGCAUAUCCGGUGACCCAGAGAAGGUGGAGCACGCUAAACAGCUCGUGUACGAACUACUCUGCGACAAGGACAUGCAAGGGGGCGGUGGCGGCGGCGGCGGCGGUGGGGGAGGGGGCCAGAGGCAGUACGAUGACUAUUCCCCUGAGCAGGGCAAUAACGGACUCGCUACUAACUCCACUGAGGUCCUAGUGCCAAAGAUCGCGGUGGGUGUGGUGAUUGGGCGCGGCGGAGACAUGAUAAAGAAGAUCCAAGCCGAGACUGGUGCCAGAGUGCAAUUCCACCAGGAGAGAGACGACGGGCCAGGAGACAAGAGAUGCUAUUUGCAAGGCAAGCCUCAUCAAGUUGAUCAGGCGCGACAAAUGAUCGAAGAUCUAAUCGCCAGUGUAAAUAGGAGAGAGCAAGAAGUCCGGCAAGGUCGCGGCCGGGGAGGUUCUGGACAGCGGAACGGUGACCGCGGGGACUAUAACAACCAGUGGCAGGAGCAGCCGGAGACUAGAGUAACCUUCACGGUCUCCAAUGUCAAGUGUGGCCUGAUUAUUGGCAGAGGCGGCGAGGUGAUAAAGCAGAUAAACGCGGCGUCAGGCGCGCAUUGCGAGCUGGACCGGCGCGCGCAGGGCGGCGAUCGCAACAAUCGCACCUUCUACAUCCGCGGACAUCCCGACGCUGUCGAGGCCUGCAAGCGCAUCAUCUGCGAAAAAGUUGGCAUGCCGGUGAAUUUCAUCCCAGAGGGCGGCAAUGGAGGCUCGAGCGGGGGCGGCGCCGGCGACUACUACGGCGGCGGCGGUGGAGGCGGCCAGGCUUGGGGUUACAAUCCUCACUGGCAUCAACAGCCGCAGCAACCGCCACAGCAGCCACAAGUGCAGAUCAACCCGACGACAGGCCAGCCCGACUACUCCCAGCAGUGGAUCGACUACUACCGUUCGUUGGGGCUCAUGCGUGAGGCAGAGGCCAUCGAGCAGCAGGCGAAACAGCAACAGGCCGCAUCUGCUCCGCCGGGCGGCGGCGGCGGCGGCGGCGGUCCGCCGAGCAGCGCGGGCAGCGGUCCGCCCAGCGGCGGCGCGGGCGGAGGCCCGCCGCCAUCGGCUGCGCCUGCACAGCCCGACUACAGCGCUCAGUGGGCCGAGUACUACCGCUCCCUCGGGAAGCUCAAGGAGGCCGAGGCCAUCGAGCAGCAGAUCAAGCUCAAGACACCCACUCCUCAUCAGCAGCAAGGCCAGUCGGGCGGUCCAGCUCCCCCCUCCCAGCCCCAGCCACCCACUCCACAAGGUCAGCAGUCGGCCACACCGCCAUCUUCAACCUCCGCUCCAAGCCCCAUGAUGGCGAACGCGCAAUACUCCAACCAGUACAUGGGCUACGCAGGCGGUAUGUACCCAGGCUACGGGUACUACCCUCCACAGCAGGGCGGUGAUCAUCAACAACAGUAAACAAUAGCGGCCAGCGGCAGGGCGGCGUGGCGACCACCUUCUUACAAUAUACUAAGAAUUACGUUCAUUCAGAGUAGUACGAUCACUAUACAGGUCUCCAAAAUACGCUCUGUUAAAACGAUUUUAAAUUAUUUAAAUAGGUUGUCCUAAGUACGAUAAUUUUGUUUAUCUAAAAAGUAGCACUUAUAUAUUGGGAGGAACUGACGACUUUCAUUUCUUCCAUUGUAAAGAGUCCUAUAGUAAUCGUAUUAUAAAUUCUACUCACAAUAAAUUAAAAAAAAAGUCAAUGGGUAUUACAAAAACUGUGUAAAAAAAACAACAAAAAACUGUUACAUAAAACAUCUGAAAAAAAUUGGUAAAAAAAAAUCAUGGUCAUAAUUAGCAGAAACUUCCAUCUCAGCACACUCUUCGUGGUAAUAUUUAAUUAAUUUAUUGACAUAUUUAACCUCUGCGAACUAAAGUUGAUCUGUGCUGCAAGAAUGUUUUACACUGUUUUGUAAUACUAUGUAUUUUUAAAUUUGAGGUCUCGCUGGUAUAUUCGAACGAUUUCGCAGAUAUGGUGGAUGUUGACGAUUCGAAAGCAAUGUUGUCCAGAUGAUUGGCAUAAUUUCUAAACCUGUAUGAUUUGUUUGAACUACAGUACCGGCACGCUAUGAUGGCCUUUUUGACAGAUUACAAUAGUGAGGUCAAAUCGCAAUCCAUUAUCGAAAAAAAUAUAAUCGAAUGCGAGUCACAUAAGUUUUUAGAUUUAUAACUAGUAUUGCAAGGGGUAGCUGAUUAAAAAGUUGAUUGAUUUGAAACGAUUACUUAGUAUAUCGUCAAUUCGAAACUGUUUUUUUUUUUAGCAUUGAGCUUUGACACGAGUUUGCCGG